AUGCUCGACCUGCCGGGUGGCGGCGCCGGCACGCAGGGCAUGCAGCUCAGGGCGCUGCUGGCGGGCAUCGGCCCGCGGCUGGUCAAGCGGUCGCUGCAGACGGCGCUGCUGUGGACGAUGUACGAGGAGGUGUACCGGCGGGACCGAAAGGUCGCCGACCUGAUCACGGCUGCCGGCGCCUCGGCGCCGGCCGACGCCGUGUUCGGCGGCAGGUUCGCGACGGGCGAGACGCCCCGCUCGACGACCUCCGCCUCCGAGGCGGACGAGGGCGACGGCGCCGGCGGCGAUGGCGGGACCGGCUUCGACCUGUUCGGGCCGGACCCCACCCCCAUGGAGGACCUUUGA